CUCGCCACCGACUCUCCCUUCAAACGAGAAACAAGAUGGCGGCGGCGGGCCCGAGUACUCGGGCCUCUUCCGCGGCGGCUGCGGCGGCUCUGAGUCGGCGGGGCCGGCGAGGCCGCUGUGACGAGACGGCGGCCGCCCAGACGGGGGCUCUGGGCUCGGCCUCCGGCUCCGCCUUGGUGGUGGCGUCGCCGCCGCCGCGGCCGGAGGGGUCGGACCGCCGCGGGUGCCGGGAGACCCCGGGGGAAGCGGCGGCCCUGCCGGGCGGGCCGUCGCCGUGCGGGGCGUGCACCCGGCGCGCUUCGGACGCGGCGGGCCCCGGCUGCUCGCGCUGCGGCGUCCGCGGCCCGGGCUGGGCCCACCGUCGGGCGCGCGACGACGGCCAGGCCGACGCCGAACUGCCGGGCGAGCGUGCCCGCCGCGGCCCGCCGGAGCGCUGCCGCCCGCGCCGGGACGGGGGCGCGGCCGCCGCGGGGCCCAGGCCGGAGCCGGAGCUGCGCGCGGCGCCCGCGGAGCCAGAGUUUAUAUUCAGAGCACCAAUCAAACUAAGCAAGCCAAUUGAACUUCGUGAGGAAUAUGAAUGCCUAAGAAAGCUGAGAGGAGAAAAGUUACAAGAAGAAAAGGUUUCUGAAGAUCAAAUCCACAAACUAUUACCAGAUGAUACAGAAACAGGGAAAAGGAAAAUGGAUGAUCAGAAAAAAAGAGAUGAGCCAUUAGUACUGAAAACAAAUCUGGAACAUUGUCCUACACGUCUCUCAGAUUCAGAGAAUGAAGAACCUUCUCGAGGCCAGAUGACACAGGCACAUCGCUCAGCAUUUGUUUCCAAGAACAACUCCUACUCCUUAGCUUUCCUGGCAGGGAAGCUCAACUCUAAGGUGCAGCGGAGUCAGAGCUGCAGUGACACAGUUCAAGACAAAGUGAAGAGCAGAUUCAGAGCAGCUCCACCCAACAAAGCCAAGGUCACAACUAUGACUCCAGCCACCAACCCCAUUAUUGGUGUCCUCUUGUCUACUCAAAACAAUCGCUGCCUCUCAGCUCCUGACUUAACCAUUGAAAAACGUCUACCCUUCAGUUCCCUCUCAUCUUUGGUCUCCUUGCAUAAGCCAGAACGCUCCAUUAGCCCUGAAAGCAACGAUAGCAUCUCCGAAGAGCUAAACCAUUUCAAGCCCAUUGUCUGUUCUCCAUGUACUCCUCCCAAGAGACUCCCUGAUGGGCGUGUUCUGAGUCCCCUUAUCAUCAAGUCAACCCCUCGAAACCUCAGCAGAAGCCUGCAGAAGCAGACUUCUUAUGAGGCCAGCCCACGGAUUCUCAAGAAGUGGGAGCAGAUCUUUCAGGAACGGCAGAUGAAAAAAACCCUUUCAAAAGCUACUCUCACUUCUUUGGCCCCUGAAACAGGAGAGGACUUACCCAGUUCUGAAGUUCUUUAUUAUACCAAGGAGACGCCACUUCUGGCUUUAAAUACAAGACUGUCCCUGGGGCAGAUAUUCUCUGAGUGUACCAUCACCACCGCUGAUCUUGAGUAUUUCCCCUCCAGUAGCCAAACAAAAUCAGGACAAGACAGUGGUAGAAAAAGGAGCACUGAGGUCCCACUGGAAACCUGCUAUCCCACAGAACUCAACAGGGCAGCCAGUGGGACAACUUCUUUGGAUGGGGAGCAGUUUGAGGGGUCAGGGUCAAUCACAGAUGCUACAUUAGACAAGCCCUGUAUAAACACAGCCGUGAAAGGCUCCGGAGUUAAUUCAGUGUUACCCCAGAGCAAUGUUUUGGAUGGGGUCCUCAAAACAAAGAAACAGCUCAAGGCAUUGAAUCGUUUUGAUGGGGCUAAUGGUGUUCUGGUAGACAGUCUCAAUGAGGAAGCACUUCCUUCCUUGCGUCGGGGCCGGAAAAGACAUUGUAAGACCAAGCACCUGGAACAAAAUGGCUCCCAUAAGAAACUGCGACAAACUAGCAGUGAAGUAGGUCUGGUCGCAAAAGAUCCAGUACUUCGAGAGAUGGAGCAGAAAUUGCAGCAGGAAGAGCAAGACCGGCAGCUGGCUCUGCAGUUGCAGCGUGCUUUUGACAAUGAGAGGCGGACUGUGAGUCGGCGGAAAGGACGUGUGGAUCAGUAUCUCUUAAGGUCCAGCAGUAUGGCAGGGGCCAAGUAGCACCUAAUGAACAGUGGUACCUGUUUUUAAGAGGUCUUUGCCCUGGAUCAUUCAUCUAGAAGAGCUGAGUGUUCUCACUUUGGGUUUCUUUUCAUAGCAAAACACUGUCUAAUAAUGGUUCUGAGAGGUUCCAGGGUCUUGGUAGUCAAAAUCCACGGGAAUUGCCUCUCUGUUCUCUCUGACCCAGGCCAGAAGCACUCCUCCUCUGAGUGACCCACCUCAGAGAACUUCUGGGUCAAAUCUGGUAGCACCCACUUGGAAUGGGAUUUGGAAUGGCCUCAUUCAGGAAAAAAAAAAAAAAAUUGUGGCCAGAGUUAAGAAUGGUAGAGGGAAGAGGGAUACCUUCUCAAACUGUUGAACCUCCUGACAUUUAAUUGCAUUUUGUUUUAAAUCAGCCUUGCAGAUAAAACAUUUACUCCUUCUUUUUCAAAGAAGUGGAGCAGUGUGGUACUGUGGAAUAUCCAAAAGGAUAGAUUAAAUAUGUUCUUUCUCUUUCCCCUUGCCAUGCCAUCCUAAAUCAGUGGAGCUUCUGCUUCUGCAAGUUGGCUUACAUUCUCAGUUUAGCUAGUGCUCUAUGCCUCACAGCAGAUUCAUAAAUACUGUUUAAUUUGGUCAUCCUAAGAAACCUAGCUUGUAAAUGAUAUUUUCCCCAACAUUAGAUGAUGAAAACAUAGUGUACAUGUUCAGAUUCUUGCAACUACUAAGCAGUAUAGCCUACACUGAUGGCAACAAAUCUGUCUUCUGGCAACAAAUCUGUAGAUUCCUUAAACUCACAAGUUGCUGAAAUGAACUGCAUCCUAGACUGUCAAUGAUACCUAGAGGAAGCAGUGAUAGUGCAAAACCAACCUGCAAGUCAUUGGAUGGAUGGGGAGCCUACACAUGUGCUAUGAGGUGUCUACCUUGCCCUCUCCCCGCCCCUAUCCCUAGUCUACAGUCUUAUGAUUUCCUAGGGAUUCCAGCCUUUGAGAAGAAAUACAAUUGGGGCUUUAUUGCUACUUUUCACAUGGUGAUGGUUAUCUGCAAUGUUGAUUUAAAAUCCUAAAACCAAAUUGUCCCAAAGUCAGGCCAAGAAUUAUGCUGAAACUCCAUACUGUGGAAACAAGGUAUCUAUCUAGCUGGAUGCAGCUGGUAAAUUCAGUCCCAUGGACAUUUGGGGUUAUUUUUCUUAGCAGCUGACACUGUGUGUCUUUUGCAUCCCAAGUGGUACUUGGUGCUUCUGCCCUUCUGGGCUCAUUGAGAAUAGAGAUUAGGUUAUGAUUUUAGGGAAUCUCAGAUGGGCUAGCAUUGUCUGUGAUUGUAUGAGGUGUUACAUAGUCACAUGACUGGCAUUUUAACAAACCUUCUGAAGCUUGUAUAUCGCAAUGUGUGUUAUCUCCCUUGAGUAGCCCCCAAGCAGGAUACUACAGCUUUCCCUCAUGAUGUUAUCUUUGGUCAAAACGAUUCUGAAACUGUCUUCAAAGUCUGGAAACACGUGGGGGCACAGACUCCCUCUAAAAUGUUAGAAUGGGAAGGAACCUAAGUGGUUUGUUCUGGCCUCUUUUUGCUAAGGCAGAGGCUAAGGACCAGAACACUGAAUUGGCAGGGAAUACCAACAGCAUAUUCUUCUUAGGACAGGUUCCAAUCUCAAGUUUGGAGUUACAAGAGAGAGAAUUUUAAAUUUGGAACUAGCCAAAAGUGAUUUGAAGUCUCUGGGAAGACAAGUAGGUUUAUCAAAAUCAAGAGUGUGAAGUAAAAAAUGAGGUGUCACUGUGAAGCAGUCCGAGCCAUUUUCUCCUGUAGUGCACCUUUCCCACACAGUUGUCAAAGAGGUGCCAGGUGGGUUGUGGUCAUCACUGGGACAUGUGGGGUCUCUUCAAUGACAGUUUUGGUGGGUAUGUUCCUCACCUAAGUAUAUACUGUGUCGUGUGUGUGUGUGCGCGCGCGCACGUGCAUGCAUAGAGAUGCAUGUUUUAAAAACGUGCAUCCGUCUCAUACUUUAUAUCCACACUGCUCCCUUGAGUUCUAGGACCUGCGCCUCUGUGGCUUCUCGGGGCUGUGAGAGGGCAUGUUAGUGUUCCCAGGAGAAGAGUUGGCCCUGGUCUACAGAGGCCAGGGAGAGUGACCUUCCUAAAUAGCUUGUGAAGAAAACUUACCACUUCCUAUAUUUCCAUUUUUGAUCAUAGUAAGUAUUGUUGGAAGGCUAAUCUUGAUGGUAGAAACAAAGACAUUUAUUUUUCCACUUGCCACUUUUUCUAUAUCCAAUAAUUUGAAAAGUGCUUUCAGUUGGAAUUUUGUUUUUUGGUAAAAAGAUAAAUAUUUUUAAUAGAUGAAAGAUAUAUAUUUUAAAUAUUUUCCCAAAUUAAUCCUUUCAUUUUAAGAAUGUGCAUAAUAGUAGCGAUAAGUUUCAGGUGCAGAGUGAAAAGCUAUUUCUUGUAAGCAGAUAAUCCAAACCCUAGCUGCAGCUUUCUGACUGCUCCCUGUGCCCCAGCUGUGAUGGCCAGGACGGUGUGGGCCGUGGUCACUUCCCACACUACCUGCUGAGCGGUUAGGCUAAACAGUUUCAUUGAGGAGGAAAGAGACUUAGUCUGUAACCAGCUUGGCUUUGGAGGAGG